AUGCAUGGGGAAGAAGAAGUUUUGGCCAUUGGCAGACCCUCCCAUGUUAUGGCCGAUAAAGAGUCCGUCCUCGGCCGCCCUAGCUCUAAUAGCCAUGGACCCAAAGGAUCAGCACGGUUAUGGAUUCUCUUUGCGAUCGACGAGAUCCUGCCGACAACAAUAGUAGAUCGCCAGACGCUGUGGCUAAUGGCUCCGCGGGCCAUCCUAGGUUGUCUGCCCAGCCCGAUCGAGGAAGAAAGUAACAUGUACAUGUAUUCUUUCGAACCCAGUAUCUCAGCACCGCCUGCAGAGAAGUUCUCCAUAAAGUAUAGAGGGACGGUGUCAAAGAUUUUCGAACCCCAGCGGGUGAAUGGGGGAAAACCCCCUGGAAGAGUCCUGCCAAGAUGCCCGCCCUCUACUCCGCUGGACACUUAG